AUGACUGCUCAGCUGAGAAUUCCCAACCCCGCAUCUUUUCUGCUUCUAGAUAAGAGUAGCACGGUGACGAAGAUACAACUGCAGCCCAAAUCCUUCGACAUACUACGGAGAGCUGUUGCCGACGGCAUGACGCUCCCGGCCAGCCCCAGGGAAUUCGAAGCUCGGUAUCCACGUGGUGUCCUUCAGGAAUUCCUGGAGCGAGACCCAAGUGUAUACGAAUAUGUACUUCAAGUCUACGUGGCGACCCACCUUACUUGCGCGCGGUUCGAAAAUGUGAUCAACAAAGGCCUAUCUGUCAUCGACUCUGCAAUGGCCUUGCUAGGAGUUCGUCUGAACGCUCUCGUACAGGAGCAGAACAAUGGUAACAUCGGAGACACGCUCCAUGGCAUUUUGCAGAGUCUUAGAACACUGAGUAGCGAUGCGUCUGACCUUUCCGCAAAAUGCGAAAGUAUUGAAGGGGAUGUCGCCGAGUUUAAAGUCCAAUCCAAGCAGAAUUACGAAUCCGCUGCCAAAGCUGAAACCCGAUGGGACAAAGCUCGGGUUUCCGAUGACGAGUGGCAGGGAAAGCUCAGCCGGAGGACUGAGGCUAUUGAGGACUCAAUGAGACGUUUCCAAGACGAGGCUGAGAAUUUGGACAAACAAUCCCGGAUGUCUCCUCCACAAAGCUCUGUCGGAUGGCAAAUCUUUCGGCCAUUUGCAGAAGUAAUCAGUUCUAUCGGUGGUCCUCGCUUGAGGAGUCGCGAGGAAAUUGAAAACGACUUAGAAGACCUAAAGCGACAAUUUUACCGAGCUCAGAGGGAGGCCAUGGACAAAGAAACCGAGUUUCGCAAGGCAACGAACAGUAUUGAAGCACUGCACCAUAGCAUGCAUGACCUGUCCUCACAUGCUGAAGAAGUCGCUGCAGCCAUUUCUAGCGUCAAUAUCGCUGCGUCAAGAUUGGUUACAGACAACGAGGACCUUGCUCGCAAACUCGAGUACCUCCGAGGGGACAUCGAAAUGGAGGGUGAGCUUGGUGGAAAGCUUGGGGAUUUACUGAGUUCCGAAGUUGAUGAAAUCUCUGAAUGCUAUGCUAUGUGGCAAGAGAUUAGAUCUAUAGGGGAGAUCAUGAGGUGA